CACCCCAGAAGAAGAAAAGAGGAAGUUGCGCUCACAUGUUUUGGCUGGAGCUUGAGCUCGUGCUGUAGUUUAUUUCUGAGGGACUUUAGCAGUUAAAGCAGAGGUGUUUAUUCUGCUCACGAUGACUGCGCCCGAGUCCUCCGUCAAGAAGCAGCUGAAGGCGGCGAAGAGGCCGCGGGUCGAGGAACCGGAACCGGACCCGGACCGGAGCGCGGCGGAGGAGCGCGAGCAGCAGCAGAAGCACGCGGCGCUAUGCGAGACGCUCCGCGGGGAGGACGCGUCAGUGCGGCUGCUGGAGGAGCUGGUGUUCGGCGCCGAGGAGCGGCUCGCGGAGCGUCUCACGGACAGCAGCGUGUUCCUGGAGGACGAGGACGUCCUGAGUGUGUGUUCAGAGGACAGCGGCUCCGAGAGAGGGACUCAGCCGGGGGUCCGGAGCGCAGUAUGGGAGGAUGAGGAUGAUGAGCGGGAGGAAGAGAUCGACAUGACGCAUCGCUUCCGCAGAGACUUUAAAAAGAGUGAAGCGGAGAAUAAAAUGACAAAACAGAGGCUGCAGCAGCGCCUGAAGGAACAGUUUCAGAAAACCAUGGGCGGCACGCCCAGCUGGGCAGAAGCCACAGCGCAGAAGAGACAGAAGACAGCAGAGCACGAGAGUGAAGACGAGGAUGAGAGAGGAGAUCUGUUGAGGAGGACGGGGAACUUCAUCGGCUCGUCUGACAGCCUGCCCAAGGGAAUCAUUAAGAUGAAGAAGUGUGUGAAUGUGAACAGUGAGUGUCCCGGCGGCGAUCAGCUGACCUCCGUUCAGUUUCACCCGUCUGCUCAGAUCGCCAUGACCGCGGGCCUGGACCACUCCGUAUCGCUCUUCCAGGUGGAUGGAAAGACCAACCCGAAGAUCCAGACCAUCCAUCUGGAGAAGUUUCCAGUGAGCAAGGCCUUGUUUAGCGCUGAUGGGGAGAGUUUAGUGGCCACUGGACUGAGGAACAAGCUCUUCUACAUCUAUGACAUGUUGGAGGGCCGAGUCGUGCCUGUGUCCUGUGUGAGAGGUCUGAAUGAGCAGAAGGUGUCAGACUUCCAGGUUUCUCCGGAUGGGAAGUAUCUUCUCCUCUCAGGAUCUUCAGGAUAUCUCCAUCUCAUGACCACAAAGACCAGAGAGAUCAUCCGGAGCAUGAAGUUGAACGGGAAUGUAUGUUCUGCAGCAUUCACCUCAGACAGCAGCAAGAUCUUCUCUAGCUCCCAGGAAGGCGAGGUGUUCAUCUGGGACGUGCAGAGCAGUAAAUGUCUGAAGAGGUUUGAGGAUGACGGCUGUGUUAGAGGAACUUCUCUGGCUCUGUGCAGGAAUGACCAGUAUCUGGCCUGUGGGUCUCAGAGCGGCGUGGUCAACAUCUACUCCCAGCAGGACUGUCUUCAGAAGCAGAAGCCCAAGCCUCUGAAGGCCGUCAUGAACCUGCUGACCAGCAUCAGCUCCCUGUGCUUCAACAGCACCUCUGAGAUCCUGGCCAUCGGCUCCAGAGCAGACAACGAGGCCAACCGACUGGUCCAUCUUCCAAGUUUUAAAGUGUUCUCCAAUUUUCCACACGUUCAAAAGAAGAAUAUAUUUCAAACCCAGUGUCUAGAUUUCUCCCCGCGGAGCGGCUUCUACUCGGUGGCCAAUAAUAAAGGCCAUGCUCUGCUCUUCAGGCUUCUGCAUUAUACUGAAUUCUAGAGAUGAAGCAGACGGCUCAGACUGAAGACCUCUGAUUUCAGCUCAAUAAACCUUUUACUUCGAGGACCAUUA